AUGAGAUUGGUUUUUGGUUUAAUAAUUAUAGUUUUUUCAAUAUUUUUAUUUAAAUCAUGUGAGGCCAAUGGACCAACACCUCAAAGAUGUAAAGAUGCAUUAUUAACUUAUUUUGUAAAUAAUCAAAAUAAUGGUAUUCAAAUUUCAUAUGUUGAUCCAAAUGGUAAAAUUAUAUAUGCCAGAGGUAAUUCAAUGACAGCACCAUUAUUUUCAAAUGAUUUAUCAAAUACUGAUGGAUAUAUUGCACUUUCAUCAAUUAAUGAAGAUUGUUUUGCAGGUAAAACUCAACCAUUCUCAGAUCAGAGAACAGUUGAAGGAUUUUAUGACUCACGUUCAUUUCGUAUAACUCGUGAUGGUCAAGUAACAAUUAAUAAUGAGGGUAAAAGUAGAGUUUUCAAUAUCACCGAUUGUAGUACAAAUGUAUUCAAUGGUUAUUCUGAUGAGGGUAGAUUAUACGCUUUUCACAUAGCUUCUAAAAAAAGAUACCAAGCUGUUGCAAGUUUAUGUUCAAUUCAAACUUCUCCACCAACUACAACUGGAAAUGGAAAUGGAAAUGGUGGUAAUAUUGGUGAUGCUAUAAUUGAAUCAAAAAUUAAUAGUAAAUGGGUCGAUAGUGGUAUUAAUUAUAUGGAUAUUAGUUUGAAAAUUACAAAUAAUGGGCUAAAUGAUAUUAGAAAAUUAUCAUUUUCAAGUGAUACACCACUUAGAAAUUUACAAUCUGCUUGGAGUAUCAUAGCAAAUUCUUUAACUGAGUUUUCAUUACCAAAUGAUGUUGUUAUUACACCUUCUUCAAUUUAUCAUUUCAGUUUAAUCGUAAUUGGUACUAUAAAUCCAAAUUAUAAUGUAAUUUCAAUUAAUUAA